AUGCAUCUAGGCUCGGGUCUGCCGCAGCGUGGAACGGCCUUGCGCCGACUGCUGACAGGCUUGUGUGGAGUCCUCCUGGUGACCGCUGGCAAGCCAACGGUCAUGGCAGUCGUGGGAGCACGAGCUGCCGCAGCAAAGCCGUUGAAGCGUCCUGAUCUCAAACCUGGCCUGGAUGUCGAUGUAUUCAAGGCGUGCUACUGGGAGGUGAAGGAGCUGGCUGCUUUUUGCAGAGAGCACGGGCUUUCGACAAGUGGUGUCAAGGCUGACGUGACCCAGCGAGUGGAGACGUAUCUGCGCACAGGGAAGCGUGCCACAGAGCCGGAUGUGAAAAGUUCAUCGCAUCUGACUGGGGCUCGGGACAGUGCUCUUCCAGGUGGCCUCAAGCUCACGACUCCUGUGUGCAACUAUAAGAACGAUGCCGCUACUCGAGCCUUCUUCCAACAGCAUUGUGGUGCUGGUUUCCGUUUCAAUGAGUACCUUCGCGGCUUUGCUAAGGGUGUGCCGGAGGGACAGGACCUCACCUACGGUGACUUGGUGCAAGGCUGGAAAGAAGCUGAGGGAGAGAGGAAGGAAGGGAAGACAGCUAUCGGCAAGCAGUUUGAGUAUAACCAGUUUACGCGAGAUUUCUUUGCAGCCAACGCCGGUGGAAGCCGCGAGGAGAUGAUGGAGGCUUGGAGGGCUGUCAGGAGCUAUCAGGGCCCCAACACGUACGAGGAAUUCAAGAAGCUGACGGCCGAGUGA